CGCCUUCAUUAAACGUCAUCACUUCUUAAAGAGACACACAUGGAAAAAUGGAUGAAACUGCGACUACAGCCAGAGACAGAGGAGAUAGAACCCAUAAAAGAGGCCUUGAACAGGACCCCUCAGACUCGCCACGGUUGAAGAUCCCUCACGUCUCCCCUCCUUCUUUAAGAACACAUCCCUCCUGCCACCAGGGCGCUUUUCCCUUCUACAGACUGCCUUCAGAACUGGGCUCUUUCUCUCUGGAUGAGAAGCGGUGUUACCAUGGUGACGGCCGUCGCCUGCGCUAUCUUAGUCUCCCCGCGGGGAUGGAUAGCGGUGGGGCCUCCCUUGGAUGGGACCUGAUGGACGGAUUUGAGGAUCGCUAUGUACGACGUAACGAAGAUGAGAAAGAGGGACUGCUGCAUCUAUUAACGUGGGUAAAGGAGAACAGAGGACUGCUGCGGGCGAGCGGACGUUCUGAUACCGGCAGAAUGGUCGACCGAGACUUUGUCAGCUGGCGGGGUCACCUAACCAAGAUUCUCUGCACCCCGUAUGAAACCCAAGAAGGCUGGAUCCUGGCUGUCACCCUGUUUAAGGGCACCCUGUAUAUCAGCGAGCGGGAGACUGCAGCUGCUUACAAGAAGAGGAAAGAGAGGACGCGGGAGCAGGAGAAGCUCAUGUACUCCGGAUACAAGUUUGAGAGCCACCUGUGUGCAGAUACUCCUGAUGGCUCUCCUUGCCCGUCCGAAGUUGUGAACACCAACGAGGGAUUUUGCAGCGUCUUGCUGGGCCGCCUGGCAUCCCAUACUUUCUUGGUUUCUGGAGAGGUGGACUGCAAAGACCCCAGCAGUAGCAAUCCUUCGCCGCCAUCCUGCUACGUAGAGCUGAAGACAAAUGCCCAGAUGCGUAGCCAGCACCAAGAGCGCAGCUUCCACAGGUAUAAACUUCUGAAGUGGUGGUGCCAGUCCUUCCUGCUCGGGAUUCCCCUUAUCGUCGCAGGAUUUCGGAAUCCACAAGGAAGAAUUGUAUCUCUGGAGAAGUUCAAGACAUCGGAGAUCCCUCACUUAGUUCGGGGUGACAGGCAGAGCUGGGAUCCGGCCGUGUGUAUGAACUUCUGUAAUGCCUUCCUCAGUCAUAUCAAGAAAGUGGUGACCACUGAUGACCCCAGAGUUGUCUUUGUGUUCUCCUGGGAGCCGGGUCAGGAUGUCACUUUUACAGUAGAAGCGGAUUCGGAUCACUUGGUUGUUCCAGAGUGGUACGUGCAGGCGUUAUCACAGAACUGAGCUCUGGUCAGGAAAAUGAGCUGGGAAGAAGACGCCCCGAGCCUUCAUACCAUAGUACAGAUGUCAGCUGGGGCCAAGGUUCUUCUCUUCUGGCCGAGCAAUUGAUUUAUUACUGGAGGCUGGUCCUUUUUUUUUACGUAUCGGUGUAACCGAUCAAUUAAAUGGAGAUUUAUGUACUAUUUUCAGUCUAAUUCAGCUGAAAUCUCCAUUAGUGCGCCUUAUACCAAUUAUGGAGGCCUUGUUUGAAGUACUGGUUCCUCCUAAUUCAAUCUCCAAAGGUUUAAGGCAUACCUGAGGUUUUUUUUAUUUUUAUUUUUUAAAGUUUGCAUAAUGGCUGUGCUUUUUUGUAGAAUUAUAACUGCGAAGGAACUGGUCUUUUUGGGCUUCCCUAAUGUCCUUUUCAGCCUAAUUAUUCUCCUCGUCAGCUGCACAGCUAGAUGCAUUUCUCUCACAAGCAGGAGGCAAUUCCCUUUUGUGGAAUCUUUCAGCACUGUACUGCUGUGACGUCCUUUUCCUUACUUCCCACUAUGUAUGUUUUCAGCUCUGGAGCUCACAGAACAGACACAAAGGAGGCUCCUGUGAUGUUCAGAAGCAGUUCUUUUAUCAGGCUGACGAUCUCAGCUAGCUCUGACACGCUCCCACUUCCUUUCUGCUGUCUUCCUGUUACUAGGAAUAGAUCUACCCUAACUAUGGGCAGUGAACGGCAAAGUAGGUGGGAGUGAGACCCCUAGUGGCCAUGACGUCACAGCUUUUUUUUUUUUUUUUUUUUUUUUUAAGUGAUUUUGAAAUUUGCUAGUUACCCCAUUUUCUAUUAAAUGAAAUGAAAUUGUGUGAAAGUACAGAUUCUCUUUAAGGUAAAGUCUAGAAACUAUAGUGGGGCAGUCUCCAUGUGAUCUGUUGUAUGGGUCUGAUCUAUUCAUACAUUUUCCCAUUUUUCUUUCCUACAAUGCACUGGACUCUUACUAUAGCCGACUUGGACUUCUCUAACAUACUGAGUUUUCAGAUUCCGACAUUGUUUUCAAUGGAAGGUUGUUCUAUGCUGUUUAAAGCCAUGCCCAAGCCA